AUGCUUUUCUGCUGUGGUCUUAGGCUGAGCAAGUCCCGUCGUGAUGGUGUCCCCGAUGUGGGGAAGUUGCUUUAUGGCAAGCGCAAGAACGCCAUUCACACGGCAAGUAAAGCGAAACCGUCUGUGGUUGGGAUGCUGAUGCAAGUGCCUGAAUCGGAGUUACGUCAGGCGGCUUGGCGAGCCGCAAAUGUGAAGGAACUCAAUCAGUCAACUCUCUCGGAGGUGCUUAAAAAAUACCGCGCCGUCAAUCGUCUUGACCGCUCCCAGGUGGUGGUGGCGGUGGCCGACGAGGUUCAUCUGGGGUUGACGUCAUCGCAGUACUGUACCUUGAUGGCGCAUGCCAAUGACAACAAGGACUACCAGACUGCCCUGCACUACUGGAACCGUGCAUGCAGUGAAAAGAAGGCCAAUGAGAAGGUGCAUGGGGCUCUUCUCGCUGCAUACCGUGGUGCGAGCCGUUGGAAGGAUGCGGUACAGCACUACAAUGCUAUGCUUGAAGAUAAGAUGAUUCUUGACCCGUACGCCCUUCAUACAGUUAUGAAUACUUGUAGAAGAGCAGAUGCCUGCGAUUUGGCAAUUUCAACGUUUACCAGGGCUGUUCGUUCAGGGGCUACUCCCAACAGUGCCGUCUACCUUGAGCUUUUGCGAUGCAUGCAGCAGUUGCGUCAGCCUAGCCAGUGGAAGAUGAGCCUUGACGUCCUUCGUUCCAUUGAGGGGAAAGUGGAUCUAACAGCCGGCCACUUUAAUGCCGCAAUGGCGACGAUGGGUGGAGCUCUCUGGCACAAGGGUGUGGAGUUAUUUCAAACAAUGAAGGCAAAAAAUGUGCAGCCGAGCAGGGAGACGCUAUCCACGUUGGCCUCUCUCAACCCAAGGAAUCUCCCUCACACAGUGCAAUGCGUCGCAGAGGCUCACACGCUUGGGAUGCCGGUCACCGACGCCAUGUACCGUGCGGUCCUUGCAAACUUAUUUAGAAUGAGCCUUGAUCAUGAGGCGGUGCGGUUUGUCGAGCGGGAGUUUGUUAGGUGCAGCGAGGAUGUCAGCAACCCGGUGAAUUCGUCGCUCUCACUAAGCCUUGCCAUCGUUGACAGUCUUUUGGCGCACAAUAAACCCCAGGAGGCACUUUUGUUUUUCUUCACAUUUGAGACGAAGUUGAGCAAUAUUGUGGGGGCCGCCACCCGUGGGCUUGGCACAGUGGGGCUGCGUUCGCAACGGUGGAUUGUGCAGGGGCGCGUGGCUGUCGUCGACCACAACGUUCUUCUUAACCCGCGCUGUGAAUCACUUCUUUCUCACUACGAUUCCAUACUUGUGCCUUUUUCGUCUAUCCGGCUUCUUGUGCGUCGGGUUCGGGAGUCAGUUGGCACGGUGAAGGGACGCUACACGAAGUUACGGUUGAAGUGGCUGCAGGAAUUUACAGCAGACACGAAAACCCCGGUGCGUGUCUUGCCGAUGGCGCACCAACUUAUCGCCCACAAGUACAUCCUCGAUGGACCCAUCACCUCCGAGUCGGUCGAGUGUUUGCGCGAGACAGCACAGGGGACGAAGGCAGAAGAGGCACAGGAACAACUGCAACAGCAACAGCAACAGCAAAGGAGCUGCACCGCGCCGCUGUUAAUUCGAAAAAGGAAUACGUUCUUCUCCGCCACUGAUUUUGUGGCUCCUUUUCCUGGAGGGGAACUCAAAAACGGGGCAGAGUUGGCGGCCGCUGGGAAGCCUGAUGAGCCCCCUGUUGUCAGCAGCUGCAGCAGUAGUGGUAGUCGCCGUCGUACGGUUGUGCUGAAGAAUCCGGAGCGCAUGAGCGCCCCGGAGCGCGUGCUUGCUGUGGCAGUGAUGCUCAAGUCGCUAAACCCUGACGCUAGUGUGCAUGUUCUUUCACCUAAUCUUGUGCAGUUGCAGGUGGUGAAAAGGUGGAAUCAGAUGCACCCCCUCACGCCCUUGACGAUGGUUCGGUACCCUGAAGAGGUGGGUGUAAAGGCACCUGCCGAACAGCAGCAGCUGCCUAUUGACACAUGCAAAUCAGCGGCGCUCGUAGAAGAAAAUGCAGACCGUGACCGAGUGUUGCGGCAGGAAAGACGGCCUCUCUUUGUCCCUUCGUGA